AUGCCUCAAAUGCCUCCAAAUGCAAUAGCUCAUGCAUCCCUACCGUGGAAUUGGUCACUGAAUGGGCUGAAAAUCGUGACUGACUCGACAUUGUGCGUUGAUGUUGCCGUGCUGGGUACUCUCCCAAACGAGAGACACUGGAUGGUCGCAACAUUGGCAGUCGAGCAGAACACUUUCACCAUAUUCCAUAAUAAAGUCACAGCCAAUAUCGAUAUGAGAAGAAACCUCUCUCUUGCCUACAUGGCCAUUUAUUUACCAGCCAUUGUCACUACGCUGGCUUGCAGGCGGUCUGCCGAAUGCGCAGCAGGUCUAACCGCCUGGUCCGACGCCAACUUCGCAGGAAUAUCACAUCAAUAUAAUGUCUCGUGGGACACAUGCAUCUCGAUCGCUGCACAGUUUCCAUUCAACCAACCCGCUGGCGUUAGCUCCCUCGCUGCCAAUGAGGGCAACUGGUGUACUGUGUACCCAAACACGGAUUGCAAUCCCGGGCAAGGCAACGCCAAUGACACACUCAGCGUGGUUGGGAGCUACUACGACCUCGCCAACCCAGAAGAUGCUUGGGAUAAUCUGGCGCAGAGCUUUUCUUGCAAGAAGUACAAUUGCGAAUGA